CCUGGCUGAUCUAUUGCGCGGCAAUUAUGGCACAUUCUUGCUUCGCUCAGUUGCUGCUGACUCCUGAGCCUGUAGAUCUAUCUUCUGCUCAAUCCAGAGAGACGCCAUGGCUUCCACCGCCUACCUUCAGAACGCCUUGGGCCACGCAGCUUUCGCUGCAACAAAUGUGAGGCAGGCGGGCGGGGUGUCCUCGUCGCCGAGAACAUGUGCAGUGCCGCGUGGCAGCAUGCAUGCACCCGCAGCAGCCGCCUCCCUGCGGUCCUUCGAGGGCAUGCGCGCCGGGGCGCCAACUUCCAAGAUGUGCAAUGAAGCGUCGACCUCGUUCUUUGAGCAGACCAUCUCGCAGCAGCGAUUGGGAAGGAGGACUGCUGCUGCGGCCAGCAGAAAGGGGCAGGUGGUCGCCCUUGUCACGUACAAGGUCGCUGUGCUCGGAGCCGCCGGCGGGAUCGGGCAGCCGCUGUCCCUUCUCGUCAAGAUGAGCCCCCUCGUCUCAGAUCUGCACCUAUACGAUAUUGCAAAUGUGAAGGGGGUGGCCGCUGACCUCAGCCACUGCAACACCCCUGCCAAGGUCGAGGCUUUCACGGGGAAAGACGAGCUUCCAGCUGCCUUGAAGGAUGUAGAUCUCGUCAUCAUUCCCGCAGGCAUCCCCCGGAAACCAGGCAUGUCUCGGGAUGACCUCUUCAACAUCAAUGCGGGGAUCGUAAGAGAUCUGGUCGAUGCAGUCGCACAGCACGCGCCCAAGGCCCUCAUCCACAUCAUCAGCAACCCCGUCAACUCCACUGUUCCCAUCGCUGCCGAGGUCCUGAAGAAGCGGGGGGUUUUUGACCCUGCAAGGCUCUUUGGCGUGACCACUCUGGAUGUGGUUAGGGCAAACACUUUUGUGGCGCAGCAGCAAAAGCAGAGGUUGAUCGAUGUCGAUGUCCCUGUGAUCGGUGGUCAUGCUGGGAUUACGAUCUUGCCGCUGUUGUCAAAAGUGAAGCCAAAGACGUUCUUCGAGUCAGAGGAGAUUAUUGACAAGCUGACAACGAGGAUCCAGAAUGCUGGAACUGAGGUGGUCGAGGCCAAGGCCGGAGCAGGAUCAGCCACCCUUUCAAUGGCGUAUGCUGCUGCUCGGUUUGCUGAAUCAAGCCUGAGGGCUCUGGAUGGCGACCCGGACGUGUAUGAGUGCACUUACAUUGCCUCAAACCUGAUUCCGGACCUGCCCUUCUUUGCCUCUCGCGUCAAGUUGGGACGGAUGGGAGUGGAGGCUGUCCUGCCCCUGGAGGGUCUUUCAGAGUAUGAGCAGAGGGCACUCGAAGCCCUGAAGCCGGAGCUCAAGAACAGCAUCGAGAAGGGCAUUGAAUUUGCAAAAGAGAAGGCCGCUGCGUCAGCAUAAACUUGCCGCUCAGCUUGCGAUCCUUGAUAGAUAGCGGUGACUGUAAAUGGUUAGCAAUGGGAGUUCAGAUGACUCACUCAAAAAGAUGGCUACCAUGUCGUACAGGACACAAACUUGGAAUGCUAACAAUCUUAUGCCGUGAUCAUCCAAGGGUAUAGAGGUGAGCUUAUAAACGGUCGACUCGUCUUGCUAUAGACAGGAUUAAAAUAAGCGCCUAAUGCUUGGUGCUGGUUGCUUGAAGAAUCUCUGCAGCAACAUCUUUGCUGUACAGUGGCUGCCGCGAACCGGUUCUGUGUGUAGCACGUGACUAGGUAGCUGGCACAUCAUUGCUUGCCUCAAGACGUAAUGUUUCGGACCUGUGUUCCUCCA